AUGGCCACCAUCAUCAACGGGCAGGUGUAUACUCCCGGGCUCGCGAUUGUCGACUCCCCUCAGCCCUAUACUCCGCUCGGAGGAGACAGCCUCCAAGUAGCCAUUGACGUUUCUGGAAACGGCAGGUUGACCUCCAGUCAGUCCGACGCUACCAAAUUCCAUGAGAUUACGGUCUUCCUUACUUCGAAUGAGCUCUCGAAGAACUUCACUAUCUCCAAUGGCACGGAACCCAACUCCGACGCCUAUGUCGGCCCUGUCCUGGAGAUUAACCCGUCAACCAACGUCCAGCAAGUCAGCUGGAACUGGCCUGAGUGCUUAGUGGGUGACGGGAACGGCGGUUCUGGCUCCGCACGGGGAUCGUACAAUAUCUCGAUCCAUCAGUCCUUCAAGUGGGAUGGAACGGACUACUAUACGAUUUUCGACUUGCCCGUCAACGUUACAAACGCUAUUAGCAAGUCGGACGAUAGGGUCGAUUGCAAGUUGUUGGAGAACGACUUGCUCAAGCCCGCUGAGAUUGCCGCCAGCAAUGAUACUUUGCCGGGGCAGCCUUGGGUAGAUGAAGAUGUCAAACAUGAUAGUGGCAAGAAUGGUAGUAGCAGUAACGAUGAUGGAGAGACUAAUGGUGCUGGCCAUGACAUGGGAUCCUAG